AGGUUCAAAUGAAUGGACACAUCAGGGUCCGAGAGUCCAGACCUGUAAUGCGCCUCUGUAAUGCGCGGCCGGGUGCGGUACAGGGGGAGAGCGGCUGAUAAAGCGCGUCUGCCCGGAGGGGUGGAGAGGAGGGCAGAGACAGGCAGAGGGCAGGACUGGCAGGGUGCGGCUGCUUCAGUAGCAUCUGAGCUCGGGUCACUUCCAUUUCCAUCUCAACUGAGAGCCGCGCGCCACAGCGCAGUAGUCAAACAGCCGAGCCGGGAGCCAGAAACCGCUGCGGGGACGCGCACUCUGACCGCGGCUCUGCGCAACCAGGACCCGCCUGCAGGCGACUCUAAACACGCGUGCCAAGAUAAACGGAACUUCUCUAUUUAUUCCCCCUGUCUCCGCUUGGACUGAGAGAAAGACAGUUUUACAGACCCGAGAGGUGAACCGACGAACUGGCACCAACUUCACCGCUUGAGGAACCCUACGUUUGCCGGGGUAUCUUUCCGUGCGUAAAAGGAUGGUGAGCGCCAGGUGUCCUACUAGACUGAUCCUCCUCCCCCUCCGGUGAUCCUGCGCGGGGACUGAAGCUGAGAUUGGGGGGAGGAGGGUCGCUUUACCAUCAUCUUCAGCAUCUUUGACACUCCAUCUUUUGGAGUGCCCGCUGGCACCGGUUGGCAUGAGACUCUCCACAGCGGCGGCGCUCCUCACCGGCUUCAUCUUGGCUUUCUCACCGGCGUACGACAGCUGUGGACCGGGCAGAGGUCACGGCAAGAGACGGACUCCAAGAAAACUCACGCCUCUCGCCUAUAAGCAGUUCAGUCCAAACGUUGCCGAAAAAACGCUGGGAGCCAGUGGGAGAUAUGAGGGGAAGAUAACCCGCAACUCCGAGCGCUUUAAAGAGCUCACGCCCAACUACAACCCAGACAUCAUCUUCAAGGAUGAGGAGAACACAGGUGCGGACCGCAUGAUGACGCAGCGCUGUAAGGAUAAGCUGAACUCCCUGGCCAUCUCAGUGAUGAAUCUGUGGCCUGGCGUGCGUCUGCGUGUGACGGAGGGCUGGGAUGAAGACGGCCAUCACUCUGAAGAGUCUCUGCAUUAUGAGGGCAGGGCGGUUGACAUCACUACCUCGGACCGCGACCGGAACAAGUACGCCAUGCUGGCCCGUCUGGCAGUGGAGGCCGGCUUUGACUGGGUCUACUACGAAUCCAAAGGCCACAUACACUGCAGUGUCAAAUCAGAGCACUCAGUAGCAGCAAAGACGGGUGGCUGUUUUCCUGGAGGGGCUUUGGUGACAAUGAAGGAUGGCACUCGAAGACCAAUCCGAGACUUACGAGCAGGAGACCUUGUUCUGGCCUCGAUGGGAAGUGACGGGACUGGCGAGCUCGUCUACAGCAAGGUCCUCACCUUCCUGGACCGUAGCCCCAUUACUCAGAAGCACUUUUAUGUGAUCAGCACUGAGGAUGGGGCCAGCAUCUCCUUAACGGCAGCUCAUUUACUGUUUGUCUGGGUUGGAAACUGCUCCAACGGUGGCCAGACAAAGCGUGGAUCCCUCCGGACGAUAUUUGCCAGUGAUGCCAAGCCAGGGCAGUGUGUGCUGAUCGUCAAUGAAGGCGAACUCAGGAUGCGUGUUUCACAGAUCUCUCAAGUGGAGGUGCGGGAGGACCAGGGGGCUUACGCCCCACUUACUGCCCAUGGGACUUUGUUGGUGAAUGGUGUGAUGACCUCAUGCUACGCAGCGGUGAAUGAACCGCAGCUAGCUCACCGGGCAUUUGCACCUCUACGCCUUUUGUACAGCUGGACCGGACCAGAUCAGAUCCUUAAGAACGGCCGACACUGGUACUCUCAGGUCCUACUCAGUGUGGGAACACUACUGCUAGACUCAGAACUCUUCCACCCUUGGGCUUUAGAAGAUCAUGAAAGAUGAUGGAUUGAAACAAACUCAGAGAUGAGCGAAGGGUGGGAAGGGUGGGAUGUAAACGACUGAACGCUCAGGGUUUAUGACUUAAGGGGAUAGCGCUAAGUGAAAGUGAAAGUCAUGACAUUUGUCAAGUAUGGUAAACCAGACCUCGGAAUUGGUGCUCUGCAUUUAACACAUCCAAGUGCACACACACAGCAGUGAGUAGUGAACACACCCCAGGAGCAGUGGGCAGCUAUAGAUCCAACUCCCGGGGAGCAACUGGGGGUCCAGCGCCUUGCUCAAGGGCACUUCAGCCAUGGGUAUUGAGGGUGGAAGAGCACUGUUCAUUCACUCCCCCCCCCCACCUACAACUCCUGCCAGCACCGAGACUCAAACCUGCAACCUUCAGGUUACAAGACCAAGUCUCAACACCCAUAAAAAGUUAGGCGAAAUAUGUGCCGAAAGCAGAGUUUUUAAAUGACUAAAGUGUGCAAAAAGUGACACCAAGCAGAAUUGCAAAAAUAAUUUGCCCAUUUACCCAAACUCUUUUUCAAAUUGAAGCAGAAAACAUACACUUCUAUAAAGUGCUGCGAGAUUACCUACUUUUGUAGGUCAAAACCCGGAAACGAGUUAGCAUUUUAGCACUUCCAGGUCCAUCUUCCAGUCAAUGUUUUUUUUUAGAUGGUUUAUUGGUUAAAGCCUGAAAUUAGAUCUGUAGUUAAUACAAGUUCAAGAUAUUUCCACAUCUUAUUCUCUGGCGUUCAGUAAUACAUGUCUUUUGUUUGUUUUGAAAAAGGUGAUUUCUAACAAGAGUCUAAAUGGGAGAUUUCACGCCAAACAGGAAAACUCAUCUACUCACCAGCCCACUUUUACAGACAUGCUGUGUACAUGCAAAUCAGUGAAUACACUUUUCGGGAGAAUCAUUAUACUUAUAGCUGUCUCUGCAUAAGCUAAGAAGAUGAAUAACAAUAAUAAUAAAGUAUUUCACAUUGAAAAACUUCCACACAUCACUUUUAACUGUAAAAAGAGCAGAUUACAAACUGACCUCUUGUGUUUCUUCUUACAGAAAUUGUGAGAGACCAACCAUUGUCUGUGCCUUAUGUUUGUUUGCUAUUCCUGUCUCUUUUGUCAUUAGUCUUAAGACAGUCUGUUAAAAUAUUGAAAAAAAAAUGUUUUUUUGUAAUAUCAUUAAGAUAAUGUAAGGUAUUCGGGUAAAGUAUUUAAAAUCUAUUUUUUAAAUUAAACUUCACACAAAUUAUUUAUUUUGUCUCGUAUUUGCUCUUUGCUGGCUAUUACAGUUUAUUUAAUUCAUUAAUUUGUCAUCUGUUGGAUGUUUUGUGUGUGUCAGUAGUUCUCAGCCUUCUU